AUGUUGUCCGCCUUCCUCUACUUCGUCACCAUCACGUCGUUCGUGUACCUCGCGGUGCUGUGGAUCAAGCAGCGGGUGCACGUGCACAUGGAACAGAUGCAGUGGUGUUUACCACGCCCGCCCGUCAUCCUAACAAACGUCACUCGAAUGGCGAAACUGUUGAAGCCGAGAACAGCGCAGCAGACCUUUCGGCGCUUCAAGCAGUGGUACGCCAACGAAGAUUACUUCAAGUUUUUCGAAGGGCCGGUCCUAUAUCCGGACGAUGUCACUUCCAAAAUCAAAAUGCAACCGCACAACGCCAAGCGGCCGGUCAGGGAUAUGGAAGUGAAACUCAUCCAGUUAAAUUUCGGACCCGCUCAUCCAGCCGCCCACGGGUGUUUGAGGCUGAUUCUGCAUUUGGACGGCGAGAUCGUGAGACGCGCCGACCCCCACAUCGGGCUGCUCCACAGGGGCACCGAGAAACUGAUCGAAUACAAAACGUACAUGCAAGCGUUGCCCUAUUUCGACCGACUCGACUAUCUGUCCCCUUUGUGCAACGAACACGCGUUCUGUUUAGCCGUCGAGAAACUCCUCAAAGUUCAGGUGCCGCGCCGGGCAAAAUUCAUUCGCACCCUGUUCUCGGAACUAACCCGGAUUAUGAACCACCUUGCCGCGACGUCCUUUUUAAUGCUGGACGUCGGCGCCAUCACGCCCCUAUUCUGGUUCUUCGAGGAACGCGAAAAAAUGUACGAAAUAUGCGAGCGGGUCUGCGGCUCGCGUAUGCAUUGCGGCUACUUUCGGAUAGGCGGGGUGAGUCAGGAUAUGCCCCUAGGUCUCAUGGACGACAUAUUCGAAAUCGUCAACAAAAUACCGGAGCGGCUCGACGAGCUCGAAGACUUCGUGACGAAAAACAGAAUACUCAGGAGUCGAACGCGAGACAUCGCGGUGGUGUCGGCACACGAGGCGCUCAACAGAGGAUUCUCGGGACCUAUGCUACGGGCAUCCGGUGUAAAAUGGGAUAUUCGCAAGGCGAAACCGUACGAGGUGUAUGACGAACUCGACUUUGACGUGCCCGUGGGCCGCAAAGGCGACAUUUACGACAAGUAUCAAAUACGCGUCGAGGAAAUGAGGCAAUCGUGCCGCAUGAUCAACCAAUUGUUAAACAAAAUGCCCGCAGGCGAAGUCAAACUGGAUGAUAACAAAAUAACACCACCCUCGAGAAGAGAAAUGAAAACGUCCAUGGAAAGUAUCAUCCAUCACUUCAAGUUGUUCUCGCGCGGAUUCCAAGUGCCCCCCGGCUCAACCUACACGUGCAUCGAACACCCCAAAGGCGAAUUCGGUGUCUAUUUGGUGUCCGAUGGGUCGUCGAAGCCGUAUCGAUGCAAAAUCCGCUCGCCCGGUUUCGCGCACUUGUCGGGAAUGAAUUACAUGGCGAAAAAUUUAUUGCUAGCCGACGCGGUGGCCAUAUUAGCUUCCCUGGAUGUGGUUUUCGGCGAUAUCGAUAGGUAGAACCGGGCCACCGCAAUUUCAUUUGUAAAUUUCAAGAGUUGUGUAAUUAAACAAUGGCGGCCAUUUUUGCUCUAUACAAUAGCAUGGCUCCCGUUGAAAUCAAACGCAACGAAACAAUUUCGGUAAAUAGCAAAUAAAGCGGUACGUACCACACUUGCUCGUUCCACAAAUUAAUAAAAUCACAAAUCGGCACGCAAUGAAUUUCAAUCAAUCGCUUUUUCGAUCAGGAGGGCAGCAACGAGAAGAGGUAACGCACGACUCAAUCAAUCCACGAGGUCGACCCAUGGCACACUUGUCAGCCAAAGCAACACAGAGUAUGAAAAGGCACAGAUAGGAAAAUUCAACUGUGUUCUGCUUCCUCCAUAUAUCGAAAUUUAGCCGUUAUUUAAAAGAUAUUGAUU